ACGUAGAUUUACCUUAAAUGUGCAUUUUCACCAUAUUUUAUAUGAACGAUAUAAAGUUAUAGGAAGCUUUCUUUAAAAUAUAACUGACAUAAAAUCAAUAAAUACAUAUCCUCCUUCAGUUACCUGUUACAAGUUGUAAGAUUGAGUUUGAUUUCCCUAUAUUUUAUUGAUUUCAGUUUAAGCCAUAGGCAUAAAUAUUUUAUUUCGGUGAACUUUAUAAUAAUAUCUCAGAUUUCGUAGAUAGCUAUUUUGGAAUACACGAAAGCUUUGGUCAAAAGAUAAUUAUAAUGCAAUUCUAUCUAAAUAUCUAUAUUGUAUUGUAAUCAACAAACACCUGUUACGUUUUUCGUGUUCCAAAUAAUAUAUAUAAGCAUUUCUGAAUACAUGUAAACAUAUAUGAUAUUACCAUUUAUCAUCUUGCCAUGCAGUUUUUUGAAGUUAGCUCCUUUUGCGCAAUCCUUGCACUUGUUGUCUGUUUUGAGGCAUUUGAUGCAGCACCACAAACUCAAGACGAAAUGUUGAUGAAAAACAUCUCGGACCUACAUUUCCGAUUGUUUUCAACCAUUCAAAAGAAAACAAAAAUGAUAAAGACAGCUGUCUUUGAGACUCAGUGCAGUGGGACAGGCUGUACGUUCAAUGGUUGCGAGUCUAGUGGGUCCGAAACCUGUGAUGGACAGAUGUUCACAAAGUUGAAUAAAAUAGAAUCCAGUAUCAGCAACAUUUGGAAAAGGAAGCCAAAAGUGAUCGUUUGUAAAGGAGGAUGGAAACGUUUCGAUGGACACUGCUACUAUUUAUUCAGCGCAAAAAUGAACUGGUUUCAAGGACAGAUUUUCUGCAGAAAUCAAGGGUCAACUUUUCCUCAAAUAAAUAAUGCAAAUGAGAAUAAAUGGCUCACUAAGACGUUUCCAAACGUUGAAUACUGGAUUGAUUUUACUGAUAUUGGCACGGAAGGGAAAUGGGUGACAUUUUCAACUGGUAAAAGUGAGUACACGAGUUGGAAUAGUGGACAGCCAGAUAAUGCCGGAGGUAAACAGGACUGUGCCAUCAAUAAUCACUCAAAACGACCUGGACGUUGGGACGAUGCAACAUGCAACGGAAAUUUUCAAGUUAUGUGUGAAGCAUCAGAUUCAGAGUUUUGACCACGGAAAGAUGGAAAUUUUGAGUAAACGAAAAAAGAUAUUUGGAAACUAAAAAAUACGAUGGCCUGGAUGUAAAUACGAACAACUAUGCAGAAUUCGUUAUAUUUCUUCAAAGAAAGAAAAAAAUAAAAUUAAAAGAUAAUCGAUUGGCACUUUGUCUUCAGGGACAUCGAUACAAAAACAAAAAAACAACAAAAAUAACAUUUAUCAUUA